GUUGAACUCUUUAUAGGUCAAUGCGUAUACAUUUCAGUAGAAGUUCAAUUGCAGCCAGGCAAAAAGGUUUUGACCAAAGUAUGCCAGAAGCUGGAAAGGAAAUUUCACUUUCUCCCGGUAGAUGGCCUAGCAUUGUACAUCAUUGUACACAAGCCAAGGAAAUUUGGGUCCAGUAUCACCAACUUUUACCUCAGUUUGGUCUUCGAUUGAAUGAGGAUACAUUUCGCAUCGAGAAGGAAUUUCUGUCAAAUUUUAACAAUGAAUUUGUCAACUUUGCAUUUGUCGGAUUGACACCAACUAAACGUUCGUCGAUUUCAAAAAUGAUUUUGAAUAUGAUUUCGAAUGAUGCAAACCUUGCAACAAUUUUCGACCACGCUGAAAGCAGAUCCAGAGUUUUUGAGAACAUUUGCUCUCGAAAUCAGAUUGCACCCCUGGUUAUCAUAUCCAAUGUUGAUGCGGAAAAAUCAGCAUUUCUUUAUGCCGAAAAAUACAGAUAUGCAAUCAAACCUGAAAGGGAGUGCGUUGUUGUUGUUGUAUGCAAAAAUAAGCAAUGCAGUCAUAACGAAAGAGACUUGAACCGAUUAAUCGCUUACACUUGUGAAAGGAAGGUGACAAAGAUACAGAAGGAUAUUUCGAUACUGCUUAAACGAUGGACGUACAAGAUACUGGCUCAAAGAAUAAAUGCAAUGAAGAUACUUUUUGAUUCCAUGAAAGAUUGUCAAUUGCCUACCUCUGAAUGUAUUCAGCAAUUAUGUGUCCAUGGAAUUGAGAAGGAAGAUGGAGCAGUUCAACACAUCGAUGACCGAAUACGUUCUGUACGAAAACUGAAAGAACUCUUAGAAGAAAGUCGAGAAACCAUAUACCCCUUGAGGAUUUCCAAGGAUUUGCUCCGGAAUUGCGAAGACCAAAUGAAAAGAUGCUCAAACAAAUUUCGAAAUCUGAUUAUGUCAUUGGAUGUGGCGACAGAUUCGGCACACUUCUGAUAUUGAUUGACGAAGAGGUAGAAAACAGAGAAACAAUUGAAAAGAAACUGAUAGCAGAAUUGAAGGUUUUCGAAUUCGAAAACGGUGACGUUGAAUUUAAAUACGUGUCAAAAGGACUAAGAUAUUUUCUCAAAUCAGGUGAAACCAUUUUUGCUAACAAUGACGAAUCCUAUGGAACUCUUGCUGGCUUUGCAAUUCAAGACAAAGAUGGUACGAAUGGACAAGGCAACGUAUUUGCCCUGUUUUCUCGACAUGUAGCCGUAUGCUGCUCAAACUCAAAGCUGAGGGUUCAAGAUGAGGUAGUUGGUGAGGUAUUGCAGUCUAAUGAUGGUUGUAUUGAUAUCGCAGCUGCUAAGAUUUACUCUCACCUUGUGGAAGCCUGUGGCAAUAAGUUCGUAACUGAAGAAAACAAGGAGAAGACAAGUGUUACCUUUGAUCCGUACGCAAAAGGCACCUCUUUACCGGGAACUUUAGUUCAUCUUAUUGGCGCUGCAUCUGAAGAAAUAGGACUUGGCAAGAUAGCUGUUACAAAGUUUUACUCAGAGCAGGAACAGGGAAUGAACACAUUUUUGCUAGAAAAUAGGAUGAGCAAUAAACAUGUAUUUUGUGAACCCGGUGACAGCGGCGCUAUGAUCCUGUCUUAUUUACCAGAUGAUGACAAACUGCUAGCUAUUGGGAUGUUGAUUGGUUCUUUUCAAAACAAGAAGGACGAUAGGACAGAUGAAUUUGCAAAUCCAUUUCCACCAAACAGAAAGAAACAUAGGGCACCAUACGCUGAAGGUGAAACGUAUUCAGCUUUUUAUCUGAAGGAUGGCUUGAAUGAACUGAGCCAGAUUCAUGGCAAACAGUUCCGCUUAUUGGGCGAAAACAAAUGUGACGGGGCUUCUGCUAUUGCCGCAAAAUAAUUGUGAAUAAUGCCAUUAAAAUUACAAAGAAAAAUGACUAGGAAAACAACAACAUGUUUUUCUCCAAAUGAUUAUAUCCAAAGCAAUUGAUAAUCUAUACUUGUAAAGAAAAUAUCGUUUAAUUAUUAUGCAAUCGUUGCGAUGACGUUGAUAUAUUGAUCGGUGUUAAAUGUGUAAAAUAGUGAAUAGUUUGUUUUCGCACCUGUGUUUUGUAAAAAGCUUAUUUCCAUUCAUUUUUACUUAAUUCUGGGACUUAUAAACGAUUGUACUUUUACAAUAUAACCUCUUUGUCGUUUUUUAUGGAAUCAAUAUCUGAUUUGAAUGUACUUGCACCCUGUAUUAUGAAUUUGUUUAAUCAAUGCAAAGCAGGAAUAUCGUACAGCUGUUCUUCAUACAACCGUGACGGGUCCAUGGCCCCUUGUCGGAUGUUGACAUGUCAAUCUCGGAUACAGAUCCCGGCUCGAACAAAAACAUUAUCUCUUCAUCUUCGAAACUCAUCUUUGAUGUUAUGAGCUUAAACUCCCGACGUUCUGUAGUAUUUUUUUCGCAAGUCGCACAAAAAAAACAGUAGGGUCGGCGA